AUGGUCGGACACUGGAGCACAGCUUUGGCUGUUGGCCUGCUUGCUCUGGGCUCAAACGCCUCCCCAUUAGAAACGGAGAAGCUUGCAAAGAGAGCGCCGUCCUUUGACUACAACGGCCAGAAAGUUCGCGGCGUAAACACAGGUGGUUGGUUCGUUCUUGAGCCUUGGAUCACCCCAAGCCUAUUCGAGGGCAACUCAGCAGUAGAUGAGUGGACGCUCGCUGAGAUGCUCGGCAAGGAUGCCGCAAAGUCGAAACUGCAGGGCCACUGGAACUCCUGGGUUACACAAGACGACUUCAACCAGAUGGCAAAGGCAGGGUUGAACCACGUGCGUAUCCCGAUCGGGUACUGGAGUGUCAUCGCGCGUGACGGCGAGCCGUACGUGCAAGGAGCGUAUGACAAGCUCGGCGAAGCUCUUGAUUGGGCCAGCGGUGCCGGACUGAAGGUUAUGAUUGACCUGCACGGUGCCCCCGAGUCGCAAAACGGCUUCGACAACUCGGGGAAAUAUGGUAAUGUUGGCUGGACACAAGGCGACUCUGUGGAUCACACCAUCAAGGUCCUCAACAAGAUUCGGGACGAUCACGCUUCGCACCCAGCUGUGUCAUCGAUCGAGCUUCUCAACGAGCCACUGGGUCCGAACCUCGACAUGAACACAGUCCGCCAGUUCUACAUGGAUGGUUGGGGCAACUUGAAGGACUCCAACGUCGCUGUCACUUUCCACGAUGCUUUCCAGGGCGUCACCUCCUGGGGCAACUGGGGUGCCGGCAUGUGGAACCUUCUCCUCGACACUCAUCACUACGAGAUCUUCACCACCGAUGCCGUAUCCAUGAGCAUCGACGACCACAUCAAGACAGCUUGCGACUUCGGCAAGCAAAUGGCCAGCACUGGCAAGUGGACAAUCAGCGGCGAAUGGACUGGCGGUAUCACCGACUGUGCCAAGUGGUUGAACGGGAAGGGUAAGGGCGCGCGCUACGACGGGACCUUUGGCGGCGCUGGCAAGACUGGUGACUGCACCGGCAAAUCGACUGGCUCUGUCGCCGGCCUGUCUGAAGCGGACAAGUCGAACAUUGGGCGCUUCAUCGAAGCUCAGCUUGACGCAUACGAGAAAGCCAACGGCUGGAUCUUCUGGACGUGGAAGACCGAGGGUGCGCCUGAGUGGGACAUGAAGGACUUGCUGGCCAACGGCAUCUUCCCUUCGCCGUUGACAGCGCGCAAGUACCCUGGCCAGUGCAGCUGA